AUGGCUUUCGCAAAGCACGCCGCCCUCGCCGGCGCCGCCAUAAUCCGACCCUCAAGCGCCGGCUCAGUGGGCUCCCGGUCGGAGAAUAGCAACUUGUCUUCCGCCUCGAAAAACACGCGGAUACCUCGUCCCGCUACUGUCGCGCCUAACUCGACGAAUUCCAGGAGGCCCAUCACGCUCAUGGAGGCGUAUAGGCUGGCAGAGGAGGAGGAGGAGCUUCGGGGCGCCCCGUAUGGCCCAGACGCGUCGCCUAGUCCCGCGCCGCGACCGUGGCGUUCGCGAAACAGCUCCGAAGAGGCCAAAAUGAGAAAGCUAUUGAAUCAGGACCCGCAAGAUAUCAGGGGAAGGGAGUCGAAAACGCCCGACGUUGGUCGCAGCAGCAUACCCAGGCGGCCUGGCAGCUCACUGUCGGAGAGAAGUAGUCACUCAUCCGGCUCUUCCGAUCGUAGGGUUUCGUCCGACGCGAACAAGGGCAAUCUCUCCGCCAAGUCUGGCUUGUUCUCCAAGUCUAAAGUAGGCCCAAACAUCGCCAGGACGGGUGAGGCGCUCGCGCGCAAAGCCAGCAAUAGCAGCCUUCGAAGCAGCGGCUCGGUUUCUCCUGCUCCCCGCGCCUACCGUGAACGAAAUUCGCUGGGCCGUGAGGACAGUGUUCCCAAUUUUGAUCCCCUCCCAGAAAUUCGAGCAGUGUACUCGUACCCCACGCCUGAAUACGAGGGCAACGCCUCGUCGCCCAACAAGAGCUAUGCCUGGCAGCUGGAGAAUGACUUUACUGCGGGCGACCUCUCGAUUUCGGAGAGCCCGAGAAUUAGGGUGGACUCGACGGGGAAACCACGGCGAAGCCGCAGCUCGAGGAGGCCGCCAAGCUCGACCCCCUCGCCGCAGCCCGUGGAGGCCCGCGAAUACUAA